CAUUCACGGUGUGCAUUAUGCGCAUUUUUUUUUGGUUGGUUAUGUGUAUUCUCGUGUUUGUUGUUACUGACCCAAGAAUUUUCACACUACAACCAAUGAUUUAUGUGUUUUUCUAAUUAUAUUGCAAAACAUAGCUUCGGUUCAUAAAUAACUUAUGAUUUUAUUAUGUUUCUUUAGGAUAUAAAAGAUCAAGCUUCAUCGUUGAAAUUGAUCGAACUCGUAAAAGAACAUGGAGUCUUGUGGUUAGUAACGUCCAAAAAAUAUUUGGACAGUAAUUUGAAAGAGGAUGCAUGGAAAAAAAUUUCCCAGGAUUUGGGACAACCUGUGGAAAUGUGUCGAAAGAAAUGGAGUUCCUUGUGUGCUUACUAUCGAAAAGAGAAGGCUAAAAUUAACCAAUCGAUGAUAACGGGUUCAGGACGCUCUGAUGUAUACCGCUCAUCCUGGUUUGCGUAUGAAAGCCUGGGAUUCAUAGGGAAUACGGUGAAACCUCGGAAAACCCAGUCCACAAACAAAACAUCCCAAAAGCAAACGAAUGAGCAAAGCGAUACCACAAAUAACGAACAUGACCAGCCUCCUUAUACACCUCCUCCUUGUUUAUCCACUGUGGAUGAAGUACCACAGCUAUCCUCAACUAUUGAGGAACAAAUCCAGCCUUCAACCAUGCCAUGCGGUACUGUACAAAAUGAAGAUCUAGGUUUGAAUGAUGAAACCGUAAUUGUCGAACCAGAACAACAUCCUUCUACAUCAUCCGCUGUACACACAUGCGAAACUGGUCGUCAAAAGAAAAAAAAAAUUCGAUGAAAAAUUUGAUCAAAUGUUUACGGCCAUAGGACACAGCUUGGAGACAAUUAUAGAUAGUUUGAGCGUUCAAAACAGCAGGAACGUUGCUUUUGGCAACCUCGUCACAGAAACGCUGAACCAAUUACCUGUGGCUCGGCAGGAGGAGUUAAUAAAACUCUGUAAUGAGGCGAUGCACCAGGUUGUAACAGGGCAACAUGAGGAAUAAACCAAAUGAAUGACCAAACAUGAAUUAUCAAAUGAUUAUUUAUAUUUAAAAAGGACUUCUUGUUUCAUGGCUUAACGAGCUAUGAGGCUAUGUCCAGUUAUAG